AUGGAGGAUAAUCCACCUCCGCGGGAGGCCACGGUUAAUAUUGCCGAUGAUAAAAAUAGAGGCAUACGGGACUACGCAACUGCCGAAUUCGGUCAGUUGGCCGCGGGAAGAGAAGAAGAUGAAGCGGUUUCGGAUGCAUGGGAGAGAUUUAAGGACCUUCUACGGAAAUGUCCUCAUCACGGAAUCCCUCAUUGCAUUCAAUUGGAGACAUUUUAUAAUGGUCUCUCCAGUUCCGCUAAAAUUAUUCUUGAUGCAACGACCGGUGGUGCGUUCACAGCUAAGACUUACAACGAAGGACAUGACAUUUUGGAACGAAUUUCAAAUAAUAAUACCGAAUGGUCAAAUCCUCGUCCUGUUGUUUCUAAAUCUGCUUUAGGCAUCCAUGAAAUUGAUGUCAUCUCUGCUUUAAAUGCUCAAAUUGUAGCUUUAACUAAUUUGGUUAAAAACAAUUUACGUUUGAAUGGAGAGAAUAAUAAAGUUCAAUCCAAAACAUCCAACCCACCUAUGUCUGAAUCUUGUGUCUUUUGCGGUGAGGGCCAUUCUUAUGAAUAUUUCCCCGAAAAUCCCGUCUCGGUGAAUUAUGUUGGGAGUGAUGCUAGAAAUAGCUCAUUUUCUCCCACAUAUAAUUCAAAUUGGAAGAACCACCCCAAUUUUUCUUGGACCGGAAAUCUUGGACUUCAACCCCCCAAGGUUACUCAAGUCCAAAAUCGGCCACAAAAUCCCCUAGGAUAUUGGCAAGGUUUUAUAAACCAAACCAAUGCAACAUUAAGGAGUUUCGAAACCCAACUCGGCCAAUUUGUCGUCGAUCUCAAGGGUAGACCUUUAGGAACUUUUCCUAGUGACACUGAAACCUUGAAGGGUAAAGAACAUAUCAAAGUCGUGACCGUUUUAAGUGAGGAGAGUUCAAAAGUCAAUGAUGAUACAAGUGAAACCGUCAAAGAACCGACACAUCAAAACGAGGUUUCACAUGCUUUUGAUAUGUCAAAUUUUCCAAUUUUGAGUCCUUCCAUGGAAGAAACUCAAAAAUAUAUUUCUGUCCAGAAAACAGUCCCUGUUUCAACUUCCAGUAAUGUGCAGCUCUCUGCUGAAAAGCCCGACAGUGGGAAGAUUGUGCCCACUGUCUAA